GAUUAUUUUUCGUAGCUGCUGCGGAAAGAUGUAUAUGGGUCCGGGAAACAAUCUUUGCAGUUGCCUAAAAGAAUACAUCGAGUUUUUGGACCGAAUGCCGCAAGCUCUGCGUGAGCGAGAAUUGGAAGAGUUUCUCGGCCAAUUGACUUCCCCUGACAGUUGCGAUGCUGCCCACGUGAAACUGAUUCUGUCCCUUUUGAUUAGUAGCAAGACGAAGUCCUUCAGUUUCGACAGGAUCAACAACUUGUAUUCGUCAAAUCCAAGCUUUGUGAUAGAGGUUAUAGAAUUGGUUUUGGACAAGGCAAAAAAAUUAAAAGCCAUCAAGAAGGAAGGAGAAGACCGUCCAAAUCCUCCGCUAUUGCAGCCGGAGGUUCUGUACGAAUUCCUCAAGUUGCGCAAGUUGAAAGAGCUGGAAAUCUGCAGUUUCGGCUUCAUCCUCUCUGAAUUGAUGGCGUUGUGCUGGGAAAUGCCUUCCUUGCGCAAAAUCUACGUGAGAAUCGCUGCCCAGUCCUUGGAAAGCAUGCAAACGCCUGAAUUUCUGACCACAUUCAAGAAAAGUUUCCGCCAACUGUCCGAGUUUCGGUUCACCUCGUUUUGGACCUGUGCCGAAUUUGUAAAAGCCCUGACCUUCUGCUGCAUCAAGAAUCUGCCAAACCUGGAGGCCGCCGGACCCCCUGACGUCUUCCUGGAUAUGAUCCAGGCUUGCCGCGAUCAGAAGAAAAAAUCGAGAAUCCGCCACUUGGAUUUCAUCAUUAGCAACCUGCGCGAAUUGGAAUCCGUAUCUCUGAAAAAAUUCCCACGAGUCAGAUCUCUCUGUGUGAAAUGGGCAAAUGGAUACGUGAGCCUACCAAACGGCGAUGAGUCUAAUUUGCCAAUCCUGAUGGGACUGAAAAAAUUGAACAGCCUGAAAUUCAUCAACUUGGAUUCGCACCUGAUCCUUCGACUGUUCCUGAUGGCUUGCGGCAAAAACCUGAAAUCCCUGUCUUUGGCGCCAGAGAAUGGUCAGGGUAGUGACAUGGAAUUGAAACUGGAAAUGAUCUACCAACUCUGUCCGAAACUGGAGUCGCUGUCCGUGCGGAGAGUUAAAAGCUUUACCUUCGACUCUCGUUGGUACAACAACCUGAAGUCCACCGUCAAGGAGCUCAAGUUGAGUCUGCGCCCAGGGGCACUCAAGAGAGAUCUACCCCUCUCAGACCUGAUGCUGCAGCCACACCUGGAGACAGUUAUGUUGAAGGGUUUCAAGGUCUCGAUGACCGAGUUGGAGCUCACGAACAAUCUGGUUCGAAACGGAAAAAUCUUGUCCAAACUCAAAUCGUUCCUUUUGGAUGUAUCUGCCGUUGAGCCUAAAAAUGCUCCAAUCCAGCAUAGAUUAUUAAGACAGCAUUUUGACGCAAAUUUGCGUUCCUGGAGGCCUGAAGCCUCGAUCGCUGUAUACUUGUAAUUUGUCAAAAACGAAGUGAAAUGCUGAUACGCUACGUACAAUUUAAGGGAGUGAAAUUGUAAAAUUUCAAGAUCAA